AUGGCCGCUGCAAACUCCCGUAGCAAGGAUAGGGACGUUGCACCUCAUUUGACCCAAAACUCGGGAAGGACUCUUCAGCCUUCAUCGACCACUACAUCGUCGAGACGAAAUGAGCCGAGAGACUCGGCGAAAAGGAAGGUUGCCGAAGCCGGAGAUGAUUGGCGGCGUGGUACGUACUUCCUAGGUACACUCCACUCGCCUGCUAACGAAGCGAUAGGGGGCAGUGACUUCUCUCGGUCAGGUCGUGAGGACCGAUCCGAAACAAGUCGACGAGAUCGGGACGACCGCGAGCGGGCACGUUCACGACCGCGCGACUCCUCAAAGUCUCGGGGAGAGCCAGGCAGAAGGGACCGCGAUCGUGAAGACUCGCGGCGUGACCGUGACGAAGACGAUGAUCCUCGGCAUUGGCGGGACGAUGGUAAAAGAGAUGAACGAAUGGCAGCCCGUCGGGCAAGAGAGCGCCCUCAUGGUGACCAUUGGGAACCUUCCAGUGAUCGUGAACGGCGCUGGCCGACCAACGAUGAUCGCGACUCGAGGUCCAAACGGCCGAAUGGGCGUGAUAGGCGUCCAGGAAACGAGGAGCCUAAGGAACGAGACGAUAGGAAGGACAAGGAGAAGGAGCCGGCCUGGAUGGAUACCUACGUACCUAGCGAGCCGUUGCCUGGAAUCCUUGGUGGAAAGUCUGGCGAUGGCGAGUUGGACGGAAUCCAGGCAUGGAAGAAGGGCAUGAAGGACAAGGAAAAGCAAGACAGGGAGAAGGCCUCUGCAGACCAGACCGCCAAUGGCAAAUCGAAUGAGUCACAGGCGCCUACUGCAGGGGCACAGCAGUUGGACGAGAUCCAGUUGUUCAGACUUAUGAUGCAGAAGGAGAAAGAGAAACGGGACACAGAACAACAGGGCGCAACCCCCUUGAAUUCGUCAACUGGUGGCUUGUCAAGUCCUGCACACGCUGUGUCUGCUGGCAUGGGUGGGGACACGUCUCGUCCCACUGACCAACCUACAGUGGACACAGUUCCUGCUGCGGUUGACACAGGGCGGCAAGGGUCAACUUCGUUAGAGGAUCAAGCGAAGACGCAGCCUGUGGGGGCCGUGCCACGUGUUGCGAGUACGGCGAGUCUUGAUAAUACAUCUGACUCCCAGUUUAUUCCUCCGCCUGGCUCUCGUCUCCUUGCUCUGGGCCGUGGACUUGCGAAGACACCCAAUGUCCCUGUCCAGGCACCUGCACCCAUUGAUGCCGGUUCAUUCCAAGGUGUAAUUCCUGGCCGAAACCAACCUUCAAGGGGCGACAGCGGGUUCAGCCCUUUCGAAGAACAGGCUCGAUUGGCGGCUUCUGGCGAUGUCCAACCUCCCGUUAAUUCUUUCAAUCCCGAUUCCCAGCAACGCAUACAAAUGGAUCGAUCUCCCCUGAAUGCCCAGUAUCCAUCCCAUGAAAGCCAGCUGGCUGAUUUGAACUCCAAUGGUCAUAUGACCGGAAAAGGGAGUCGGUUUGCUAAAUUCUUUGACGCAAAGGGCAGAGAGCAAGCACCGCUCAAACCACAGAGCCCUAUCGCAUUUGCUUCGGCUUCUCCGAAUCUGGGCCAGAGACCCGACCAAGGAGGCUAUGCUGGCCCGCCUGGCAAUCACGAAGAGCGUCGAACGGUAGACGACCUCUUUGCAAUGCUGAGCAACUCACAGCCACAUUCGGGAAUGCAUAAUCCCAAUAUGGGUGGACCUUUGGGCCUUCCCCAGCAGAAUGCUGGAUUCAACGGACACCCCAACAUCCCACCUCAUCAGCAUCCUCAUCUAAACCAUAACCGCGUCGAAUCCUUGUAUGACAGUCGACUCGAUGACCGCAACUUUGUCCCCAACGACAUGGUUCCUGGUUUGCGCACGUUCCCGCCCCCUCGUAAUCGCGAACCUUUCGAUCCAGUGGACGAACCUGUCAUUCAACUGCAACGACUAGCUCAGCAACAUCAACAAUUGCAGCAACGCGGGGAGCCGCAAUUCACUGGCCCUGUCAAUGCACUGUUCAAUCAGCAAGCCCACCGUUCGAUACCUGUCCAGCAGCAAUUCAGAGGGAACGGCAACCCUAGUGCAUCGCUCCCUUUGCAGAACUCUCAACGAUUCCCACCUGGCCUCGCCAAUCUCGGCAACCGACCACCUCAUGAACCCUCUCAGUUUAUUGGGCUCCCCGUUGGCGCACCCCUCAACGGCCUUUCGAACAACGGCCCACUUCCUCAACAAUUCAACACCUUCAAUAACACCGCCCAAUUCAACAGUCCUCAAUUCCGAGGCGGCCUCCCUCCUGUCAACCUGCAGGGACUCCAACCAUCCGGCCCACCCCUUCCCUUGGGGAGUAUCGCCCCAAAUAACAUCGACCCACGUCUCUCGAACCAGCAACAUUUCGGAGGUGCAAACAUUGCCGCGAUGGGCGGUCAACGUGGUGUACCAGUUAAUGCUCAGCCGCGACUUGUACCGCAUCCCCAACUAGGUCUCCGCGCACAGCAACAACAGCAGAUUCAUCCUCAGCUACUUGGACAUAUGCACCCUCCGAACCCGCCAUCCCAACAGCACCCUAACCAGCCUGCCCAAGAUCUGAUUGCCUUGCUCAUGGGUGGAUCGCUUCGCGAGUAGAUGCCUGUGUCUCUUCCCAUAUACAUAUCCCUCAACGUUUUUGUCACUUCUUUGUUUCGCGCGGUUAUUUGCAGACCUGUCUAUCCACCCCCUCUUGUAAUUCCUACUGAUUCUAAUCAUAUUUGCAGUACCACUACAAGCGACGAACCACGGCUGUCCACCGUCCUGGCGAAAGCUUGAUGUACUUAUAACAGUGUCUUGUCUGAGGCCCAAUCCAGCCUUAGAAUGUACCAUAUGAGCUUCGUUAUCCAUAACUCGCUUCAU